AUGAACUUAGCUGAAUUAGAGUUCUUCAAGUCACAGGGAAUAGAAUACCAGAGCACAAUUGCGCAAGGAGGCUUUGGGGUUGUAUUUUAUGUUUACUCGACCCAUUAUCACUCAUUUUUUGCCCUAAAGAAAAUCCCAGAUGUUUCAUUUAAUGAAAGUGAAAUUGAAUGCAUCAAACAGAUAGAUGAUCCGCAUAUUGUUAGCCUCUAUCAAUAUUAUAAGUUUGAUAAUUCAAUUUAUCUAUUAAUGGAGUAUUGUCCAUCAGAUCUCGAGAAAUACCUGAAAUCUAAUAGACAUAUUUCAGAAAUACAGCUACAAAAAUAUAUAUAUGAUGCAGUUAAGGCUAUACAUCAGUGCCAUGCUAAAGGAAUUGCUCAUUGUGACAUUAAACCUUCUAACUUCAUGUUUGAUAAGUAUGGAAGACUAAAAAUUGGUGAUUUUGGCCUCUCCACUUCCAUGUCAGAGCUGGUUCAUUCAAAUAGAGGAACACCAGUUUUCAUGGCUCCAGAAACAUUCAUGAAGAAUCAAUAUUGUCCAAUCAAAGCUGAUAUUUGGUCCUUAGGUGUCAUAAUUUAUUAUAUGGCAACUCUCCAGUUUCCGUUUUUUGGAGAAACACGUUCUGCUUUAAUCCAAAAUAUUAUACGCACAAGAUACAAUGAUGACAGUGUUGAGGAUGGACGAUUAAGGGAAGUUAUAUCAAGUUGUUUAGACCCAAAUCCUGAUAAUCGCCUAAGCACAGAAGAUAUAUUAAAAAUGCCAUAUUUUGUGUGCCAGAAUCAAGAAUCUUGCCUUCCCCUUCUUAGAAAAGGUGGUAUCUCAAAAAGCUGUGAUAGAUUAAUUAAGCCAUCUCCAAGUUUCCGCUCUUCAUUACUUCAUCGAAUUCCAUUUUGCUCAAGACUGUGUCAAAACGUUAUUGUUUGA